AUGUUGUUUCAGAGUUUAUCACAGUUUGAAGAUCAGAACCAUCAUAAGAUAGACGAUCAGCAAUACAUUCAUAUCAUACGAAUCGGAAGUUUUAAAAUGGAUGAUAAAUGGAGAGAAGCUGCUCCAGUUAACGAUAUUGAAGCAUCUUCAUGGAUCAGGAUUUUCAGAGCAUUUGACACAGAUCACGAUGGCUUGAUUCAAUGUGAAGAAAUGCAAAAAACCAUCAGAGAUAGCACUUAUUCUUUUGGUUUCGAUCAUUAUGAGCUCCAGAAAAUGUCGUUGUAUCUAGAAAUGAGAGAAGGAAAACCGGUGGAUUUCGCGGAUUUUUGUUACUUGAUGAGUAAGUGCAAAGGGUAUCGUCUUCGAGAAUACCUAUUCAAAGCAGCUCUCACAGUCACCCCCCGGAAUCAAAGAAUCCAUGUGUUCAGUGAGCUUCAGAGAUACAAAUGUGUCCCUCCUCCACUUUUUUUGAUACUUGUUUCAAUUGUUCAAUUGGCGCUUUAUCUGUACUAUGUGAUUGAUUCAUCUGAAGGUGUUUGGCUAUCCGGUCCAAUUCCAACACUUUCUCCACUAAUUGUUUCCCCGUUUCAUUUAUCAGAGCUCUGGAGAAUGGUCACCUAUUGUAUUAUCAAUGUGGGAAUUUUUCAUGUCAUUUUCAACAUUAUCAUUCAACUGGCAAUCGGUGUUCCGUUGGAAUUGGUCCACACAUGGAGAAUUUAUAUUUUGUAUCUGAUGGGCGUUCUUUUUGGAUCCCUUCUAUCUCUUGCCCUUGACCCGACAGUUUUUCUUUGCGGUGGAGCAUCUGGUUCAUUUGCGAUCAUUGCUUCUCAUCUGACCACCAUUGUCACCAACUUCCGUGAAAUGGAAAGUGCCACUGUACGGCUACCUCUUCUCAUUAUUUUUGGUGCUCUUGACUACGCAUUGGCAGUUUACCAACGAUUUUUUGCUCUCAGAAUUGAUAAAGUAUCGAUGUAUGGACACAUCGGAGGACUUGUCGCUGGAAUCCUGUUCACUUUCAUCCUGUUCCGUGGUUCAAAACCAUCUCGUUUCUAUACUGUAUCUUUUUGGGUGUGUCUUGUACUUUCUGGAUUUUAUAUCGCCAUUUGUAUUGCUCUUAUUGCUGCACCCAAUAUGCUACAUUAA